GUCUUCAAAGUGUUCUGCGAUGUCUCUCUCGUGUGCUUCAUGGAGAGCUCUCAGCAUUUUCCAGGCCCGGGACGGAAUGCCUCCUGCACAAGGACGGUUUGCUACGCGGUGAACCCUGGAGGCUGCAGUUAAUUUUGCUGCCUUCUGCUGAAGCAAACGGCGGAGUGCCUGGAGUUGCAUCUUCUCACUUAGAGCGCAAAUUGAUUUUGACAGAAAACAGCCAAAGGGUGUUGUUUUAUUCAUUUAGUGUCCUCCAAGCUAGCUUGCUGCUCUCUGAUACCCAAAGGCCAGAUUUUACAACAGGAGGAAAUGCUAAAUGGUGAAAUAGGAGGAAAUCAUUAAAGAGCAGCAAGCCCAGCCCGUCGCCCCGACACCUGAUUGUGAGAGCGGGGGCCUCUCACCAGCCAACACCAGCAGUACCUGCACACAGCUGGAUGAUGUUGGACAUGGCCACCAUGGCCCGGCCAUGGCUCUGGCUCUGGCUCUGCCUGCAACUCCCAGGUUUCUGUACAAAUCUACUUUCAUCCCAGACUCCAGGGUAUAUUUUAACCAAAACAAACAACAGCACAGAGAUCGUCUGCCCGAUGAAGGGGGAGCACACCGGAGUCUACUGGUACCGCUGGAACCAGGGCAGGCAACACUUUGAGUUCUUGCUAUUUUCCAGUCCACUGGGAAAAGCCACAUAUGGCACAAACAUCAGCCAGGAGAAGUUCAGCAUCCGGGGAACAAGUUCCUACCACUCCUACAGGCUGCACAUCAACCGUCUGCAUGGCUCCGACAAUGGUACCUACUACUGCUGCACCAUCCAGUCCUCCCAGCUCAUCCUGGGCACUGGGACCCAGCUUGACGUGGUCGAUGUUUUGCCUCUGCCUUCAAUGCCCACACUGGUCCCGCUCACCAAGAAACCCAUGAGGUGCAAACCCAAAAACAAAGCCAUCAACAAGAAAGGUGCCUGCACCCCCAUGGUCUGGGUCCCACUGGCUGCUGGCGCCCUGCUGCUCCUGCUGAGCCUGAUCCCCACCAUCCGCCGCUUCUAUCGACUGAGGAGGAGGCUGUGGGUUCGAGCCCACAGAAGGUAAAUCCUGCUGGGAAAAGCUAUGGAGCAUCGCCUGCAUGGUGCUGAGCUCUGCUGGGAUGUCAGCCAGGGAGGACACUGCAGAGGACUGGACCAAAUCCUGCAUUGUGCUGAGCUUUUCUCAAGGAGACUUUAGGAGCACAGAAGCUUGCUCUGCACUGGGACUGGGGUACCAAAUGGGUGAAUCUGGGCUGGAAAGAUGCUCUGGGCUCUGUGCUGGUUGAUGACUUUUGUAAGGAACACUUUGAGAGGUGACUGCACACCUCAUAAAGAUGUUAGAAAGGGUAAAUAUAUCAUUCAGCUCUGCAGGCUGGCGCCUUGUGGCCCUGAUUUGGGUUGGAUUUGGUCAACAAGGGACUACAAGCGAGGAGCUGGGGAGUGAGCAGGGGUUAAAGCCUGCAAAAAGCUGCGGGGGGAGCUCAGCCUGCAGACAGACACAGCCCAUCCCAAGGCCGAGCAACCGGUGGAGCAGCAGCUGAUAACAGGCAGAGGAGCCCGACAGCACGGCACUGCCCCAGCCAUGGGGACGUGCAGCUAGGUUGCUGAGCCCCUGAGGCACCAGGGUGCUGAGCACAGGGCAGCUUUCCUCCCCUCUUAACACAGCAGCCAGCACACCUCUCCUCAGCUCCACCAUGCCCAUGACAGCACUAACCUCACCACCCAAAAAAAAAAACCUUUUAUUUUUGAUUUGAAGGAGAAAAGUCAGCCCUGAGUGGCAGUGCCACGUUCCUGUUACACAGUGGCCAGGGUGGCUGGGGCACAGGGAUGGUCCCCAUGCCACCAGGCACACGCAUAGCACUGGCUGUGCUCUCAGCACAUAGAACAGGCAACUUUUAUGAGUUUUACGUCAUGCAUCUUUUAUGCAAUAGCCAUAAGGAAACACCUUGAAGCUUUCUGUGUACAGAAGUCCAUUCUGGCAAAAACGCAGUUCUGUGAUGGGCAUUCACCUCUGA